AUGGACUCGGUUAAAGAUAUUCUGUAUGAUGUCAUCGGAUUCUCAACUACCUCCAUAGAGGACUUGAUUUCUGCGGUUGCCGAAGAAUCGGGUGACAGUAUCGAGAACUUUGUAGCUAGCAUAUGUCACGCCUUGCCCGUGUCUGAAGAGACCGCGUGGACUUUGGGCGCUCGGAUGCACGAACUGCGGAAGAACCAAGUAGCCGUCAAGCGACGGCGCUUGACGCCUGGAAUGUACCCACCUGAGUUUCGAGGCCGUGGAGUGGAGGGGGGAGUGGAGGGCGAGAGUGACCCUUUGGGACGUCAGAAGGAGGGCGAAAGUGACCCUUUGGGACGUCAGAAGGACGGGGCGCAGUUAUCAGCAAUAGACGCGUCUGUGUUGGCUUCGACGAGUAGGGACGCUCGGUACAAGGACGACCCGAUUUAUAUAACUCGAUUGCGCGAAGAGGCACGAAGGGAGUACUUACGUGACCGCGAGUUGUCGCAGUUGGAGUUGGCGAAGCGCAUCGUGGAGGACCGGGAGCAGGUGGGGGUUCUGCCUCCGGAUUUGGCGCGCGAGGUGUCUCGAAGGAACGAAGAAGAGAAGCAGCGGAUCCGGCUGACUGAGCAAUUGAGGGACGAACGGGCGGCGACGGCGGCGAUCGACGUCUACGAGUUGCCGGAGGCGUAUGAGGACGACACCCGGAGUAAGUUGAAGGUGCUAAAGAAGCGCCUCGUGGACCAGAGCCAGAGCCAUCGGAUGGGAGCGGCUACAACCCGGUUGGAUGAGUGGGAGCAGCAGAAGCUGCGCGAGGCGCUUCCGCGGGCAGAGGGGGACAAGGAAACGGAACGCGGUAGUGGAGCGGAGCGUGGAAGGACCGCGGACACUUUAAUUGAUGAGUCUGGCAAUCUGGUAGAGUUUGAGCGAAGCGAGAUUGUGCGGGGCAGCUUGGAUGACGACGAGGCGUGGUGGAACAUGUCCCGGGAAGAGCGAGAGGCGGUGCGGUUGCAGGACAUAGCGGACCGGCGACGCAAGAUGGAGGCUGAAAGACGGCUGCUGCCUGUCUAUAAGUUUCGGGCGCAAUUGCUGAAGGCGAUACGCGACAAUCCGGUGGUCGUAAUUGUUGGAGAAACUGGCAGUGGCAAGACCACCCAGAUACCACAGUAUCUGCACGAGGUGGGUUACAGUCGAAUGGGGAUGAUCGGCUGCACGCAGCCCCGACGAGUGGCGGCUAUGAGUGUGGCGGCACGAGUGGCGGACGAAAUGGAAGUUAAAUUGGGUCGAGACGUUGGUUACAUUAUCCGGUUUGAGAAUAUGACCAGUGACGGUACGAAAAUCAGUUACUUGACGGACGGCGCUUUGCUACAACAGUUCCUCACGGAUCCCGAAUUGAGUCAGUAUAGUGUGCUCAUAAUUGACGAAGCCCACGAACGAAGUCUGCAUACCGACGUGCUGUUCGGUUUGGUAAAGGACUUAUCCCGGUACCGGUCUGACGAUUUCCGACUCAUCAUCAGUAGUGCCACUCUGGAGGCGGAGAAAUUUAGCAAAUACUUUGAUGACGCUCCUAUAUUCAAAAUUCCCGGACGCAAAUAUGACGUGGAUAUCUUUUACACCAAACAACCAGAAGCCAACUUCAUCGAUGCUGCGGCUGCCACUGUGAUUCAAAUACACACCCAGAGACCUUUAGACGGAGAUGUUCUCGUGUUCUUACCCGGACAACAGGAGAUUGAAGAGUGCAUGGAACUGAUCCAAACGCGUUUGAAGAAUGAACAAGGAGAGGCAAAAAAACCGGAGCUGAGGGUGCUUCCCAUCUAUUCCACCUUGCCUGCUGACCAGCAAGCUCUUAUCUUUGUAAAAACACCCCCUACUGUUCGGAAAUGCGUCCUGGCUACAAAUAUCGCUGAGACGUCUAUUACCAUAGACAACAUUGUCUACGUUGUAGACCCCGGCCUUGUUAAAGAAAACAGCUACGAUCCUAGAUCCGGACUGGCCUCUCUGGUCACGGUGCCAUGCUCCAGGGCUUCGUGCAACCAACGAGCCGGCAGAGCCGGACGAGUGAAGCCUGGUAUGUGCUUUCGUCUGUUCACCAAAACGAGCUGGCUGAAAGAGCUUGAGGAAUGCAAUGCUCCAGAAAUGCUGCGUUGUGAUAUAUCGCAAGUUGUACUCAUUAUGAAAUCACUGGGCAUAGACGAUUUACUCAACUUCGACUUUCUGGACCCUCCACCCACCCAGGCAUUAAUUCAGUCGUUGGAAACUCUUUACCAUCUUGGCGCAUUAAAUGAUAAAGGCCAAAUGACAAGCAUUGGUCGAAAGAUGUCGCAACUGCCAGGCACUCCGCAGAUAGCUAAAAUGAUACUAGCGGGUGGUGAAAUGAAUUGCUUAGAAGAAUGCCUUACCAUCGCGUCAAUGCUCGAAGUUGCGAACAGUCUGUUUUAUUGUCCGAAGCAAAAAGCUGCUCACGCCACCAGCAUCAGACGUUCUUUCCAGCGCAAGGACGGCGAUCACCUCACUCUAUUGCACGUGUACAGGUCGUGGGAACAAGUUAACUACGAUCAGCAAUGGUGUUUCGAUAACUUCGUCCAAUUCCGCUCGCUAAAUCGAGCUCGCGAUAUAUAUGAUCAAUUCGUGGCCCUUCUGCCAAGAGUAGGACUUGCCAUUCCCAACACCACCUCCGAGGACUUGGUACGCAUCAAGAAGGCCAUCGCUUCCGCUUUUUUUAUGCAAGCCGCCGUUCUCACAAGAAACGGGCAGUACAAAACGCUCGUAACCAACCGGGUUGCGGACAUUCAUCCCUCAUCGUCCUUGUUCAUUACUCAAGAUGCCAACCAAAGACCCGCUCAGCCUUUGUACAGACCUCCUUGUGUUAUUUACGGGGAACUCGUUUUAACAACCAAGAAAUACCUGAGAAACGUCACCGAAAUCGAGGCACGCUGGCUGAGCGAGCUGGUGCCUCAUUUCUUCAAGAACCAUAAAAAGCUACUUAUAAAAUAG